GGCACGAUGGAUGGGUGCCGUGUGCUGUGCAUGCUCGAGCACUGAUUGAAUCUGGUGUCGGAUCCUUCCGCCAGGCGCGGCUUUGAUCAAAUAGGCUUUGAUCUGCAAUUGUCUGCCAUACCGCCGAUGAACGUGCUCAGCUACCUCUGGCGCGGCAAGGACGGUGGUAAGGCGUCGCCGUCUGGCCGGGCUGCAGACGCCGCCCCUUUGCGAACAGAGUCCGCUGGCGCUGAUGUCAUCGCAUCCGGUGAGGAUGUGGCGCCCGACACCUUCCUGAUCAAGUCGAUAAGCGAGCCGGGAUACACCGGCAAGCUGGACCGGGCGGCGCUCGACAGAGGGGAGGCAGGGGAGCCGGCCAAGGGAGAUGCAGAGGUCAGGGAGGGAGGGAGGCAAUGGGUUGGGCUGCUCGAUGGGGUGGGUGUGACGUGUGUUGUGUUUGCUCGACAGGUUCCUUCGUCUCCCGGUGCGCCAGGGCCGUCGUCGGCGAGUGCGGCGGCCGCUGCUGCUGGUGCGGUGCCCAGCACGCCCUCCCCUGUGCGUGAUGCUCAUUGCCACCCUGACAUAGCUGUAUUGGAGCCGCAGCCUGCCCUGCCGGCAUACCCUGCCGCACAGGGGGCGGCCGCUGCUGCUGCUGCUGCCGCCGCUGGACCGCCGGUACACACCCACUCACUCACUCACUCAGGCAUGCAGUUAGCUCAGCGCACGGCAUUGGAAUGGAUGUGUGUGAUUGGUUGGUUUUUGUUCAGGGUGUGGGUCGGAAUGGCGGCAUAGACGACUUCAGCAGCAUAUCGACCAUCAUAUCUGAGUUGCAGGAGGUCGACGACUGCAGAAACCCCCUAGAGAGGCAGGUCGGUCGAUAUGGCGCCAGCACAUUCCUGGCAGUGCACAUACAGACAGACAGACACAGACGGAUGGGGUGUGCAUGUCUAUGUCUGUCUGUGUGGUGUGGUAUGCGUGUGUGCAGGUGCAGCAGAAGCUGGAGAAGCAGAACAAGCGCCGGUUUCUGCAGAAGGGCAUCCGCUUCAACAUCCUCAUCGUCGGCGAGAGCAGAUCCGGCAAAACCACACUCCGCAAAAAGAUGUUCGACUCGGUACGUACCCAAAUGAAUGACUGACUCCUGUGUGCAGUGCAUCGAUCCAUCCAUCCAUUGGCAACAUGUGUGUGUGUGUGUGUGUGUGUGCAGUGGCAUUUGAUGGAGGAGCGCGACUCGACGUGCGGCCGCGAGUACAUCUACCAGAUCAGCGAGCAGCGCUCCGUCAUACAAGGUAGGUGACAGAAGAGAAUAUGAGAGAGACAGCUGGAUCAGACCAACACACACACACUUGUAUGUGUGUGUGGCUGUCGUGUGGGUGUGGUGUGUGCAGUGUCAGUGGUGGAGGGUGGGUGUUGCGACUUCCUGGUCACCCACUGUCAGCUCAAGCUGGUCGAGUACAUCAACAGGAAGAAACACAGACACGGCGGACCUGACGAACGGGUCAAUCAGGGAGGGAUGCAAUGCCCGUCGGCGGCGAGGCAUACAGACAGACCCGCACCCAUCUCAUCUCACCUCUCUCUCUCUUUGCGUGUGUGCGUGUGUUGGUUCUGUUGCUGUUGUCGCUGUGUGUCCAUCAGGUGCACGUGUGUGUGUAUGUGUUGGACCCGACGCAGGACCGUAUCCCCGGCCAGCAGGCCGCCCUCAUGCAGAAGCUGUCCACUGUCGUCAACCUCGUACCCGUCAUCGGGAAGGUCAGCGAACCGAGACCCAUUGAUUGACUGACACAGCGAGCGGAUCGACGUAUUCUCACGCUGAUACGUACGGGGGUGUGUGUGUGCGUGUGUUUAGUGCGACACUGUGGACCCUGAUGUGCUGCGGCAGCGGCGCGACCGAUUACAGAAGGAAUUUGAAGCAUACAAGAUCAAAGUAAGCGGACACUUUGACCUCCCCUCGACAUAAUUCUGAUCCUCCCCCUCCCUCUCCCCUCCCGUCCGCAAUCACUCUGUCUGUCUACUCAUCCCAUCACAUCAGCUGUUCGACGACUGGGCGUCUCCCCUGGUGGCGGCAGCGCUCAACACCCCCUCCCCCACCCCAUCACACCCCUCCCCCGCCCCAUCGCCCACACACCCCGCACCCACCACACCACACGGGCCCCACAUACCCACGGCAGCACAGCCGGCACUCACGGCACCGGUGGCACCCGUGCCCGAGGUGCCCCACCCACAGUGCUCAGCCGACGAGAGUGCGAGUGCUGCCGGCGACCAGGCGGCCGGUGGCGGUGCUGGGGCCAAGAAUGGGGGAGCGGGUGGGAACGGCGAGGAGCAGAGGCCCUCCUCGGCGUCGUGGGGGCAGAGGUGAGAAUGAAUGAAUCUCUUGGUUAGGUGUGGGCUGGUUACGUGUCAUCAAUGUGUGUGUUGGUGCAGGAUGCGUCAGUCGAUUGUGCAGAGCCCGCUGCUGGUGGACUGUCACCUGUCGACGGAGGAGCAAGACGAGAGGUACAGCACAAACGAACGACCCACGCGAUCACGGCUGGCUCGAUCGGGCGUGUGACACGGAGGGGAGCUUGUUCUGUGCGGUGCGCGCACCAGGUAUCAGUUGCCGCGUUUUGACAACGUGCCGCCCACGUCGCCCGACUUCCUGCGGAUGCUCCUCAUCGAGGCCGCCGCACUCCUGCUCAUUGAUCGUAAGCGCACGACGCAGAGACCACCACGAAGAGGGGUUGAGGUGUUCGGCGCCGCAUUGGUGUAAUGAUGUGUAUAGGCACCAAGUCACUAUUCUACACGCCAUUCUACGACGAUUGGGAGGUCAGCAGCAGAGCACCACACACGCAAGGCAACACAUAACACAGACAGACAGACAGACGUCCAAUGUGCGUCGCAGCCGUCCUUGCAAUCGUUUGUCGGCCUGUCUAUCUGUCUAUCUGUCUGUCUGUGUGUCUGUAUUGUCAGCGUCGCAACGGUCGUCGCGCGCUGGUGGGUCAGUUGCGGCAGAUGGGCCUGGUGUCGGCCGUGGCCGUGGGGGUCGGCGCACUGCUGCUAAGAGUCUCAUCCAGGUAGACAGACAGGGAGGUAGGGAGGUAGCUGGCGAGAUAGUGAAUUCAUGCGUUCGUUCGUUCGUUGGUUGGUUGGUUCAUUCGUUGACGCACUCAUGCCAUGCCCUUUUGAGGAGGACAGAAAGGACUGACUGACCGGAGGAGAAGUAAUCUGAGCACUUUUUGCGCCGGUCCAUGUCUGUGUUUGUGCGUGUGUGGUCCACAUUUUUUCCCUGUGUGUUUUUGUCAGCCAAAGGAGGGGACAGGGAUUGUCGUCUCGUGUCGCGCUGUGUACCAUACCCAGCCAGAUACACACGCACAUCGGGGGGCCGAACCCCCCGAAUGCCAUCCAUUGAUAUCCAUCCAUGGGGGCAGUGCAGUGAGGCGUUGCUUAGCUGUCGUUUCUCUGUCGUGUUGGAUGUCAGCCGCGUACGGGAGUGCUGGUCUGUCUGUCUGCCUGUCUGUCUGUCUGUGCGUCUGUCGGGCUGUCUGUCCGUCGGAGGGAUCGGUCACUGGAGUGUGGUGUGGCCACGUGGCGUGGCGUGGCGUGGCGUGGCGUGUCGGUCAAGUCAGGACAGAUCAGGUGAGGUGAGCUUAGCGCGAAAGCGUGUGACGUUUUUUGUUUGUAGACGUAGGCCGGCUGUCGAUCGACUGUAUGUAUGUGUGUGUCAGUACACGGCAUGUCUCUGCAUCUGUGUAGAAUAAGUCACCCCCCGCCUGGCCUGCACUCUCUCUCCAUCACGCAGUCUGCUACCUGUCUGUCCGUCUGACUGACCAUUGGACACUCAUCUCUCCCCACCUACACUCAGCACGCUGGGAUGCAUGGCGUGUGGCCAUCGAUGGAUGGAUGUCUGCUUGCAGUGAGUGCACUGACUGGGUUGAGACUGACUGCAGUUAGCUAAUCCGCCCAUCGACACACCACACCACACAAUACAGACAGACGUACACACAACAAAAGAUGAC